CCUCUCUAAAUCCGAAUCAAUCCCUCAUCCCCGUCUCUCCCUUAGCAAAAACCUUAUCCUCUGCUAAGGAAUUUCAAGUUCCUCAAAACCCCAUAAACCAUGGCUUCCUCUGCAUCUACCCUUCAAUUUCUAUCCCUAGCUUCCUCUAAAACCCUAUCUUCACUCUCUAAAACCCCAUCUCCAGCUUCACUUUGCCUAUUCCCUUCCUCCCUCAAGCCUCUUCCAAAGCUUUUCUCGAUACCCACUUCGAGUAAGCUCUUUGAAGCCUCACCCUCGUCUCGAAUCUUCCGUAGUGUAGCCGUUUCAUCUGGUUUGGAGUUGGACGAAGAGCUAUCCAGUGAUGGGGAUGACGAACAGCAGCAGAAUUUCUCCCCUGACCUUAAACUAUUCGUCGGCAACUUGCCGUUCAGUGUCGACAGCGCCGCUCUUGCUGGGUUGUUCGAGGGUGCUGGAAAUGUUGAGAUGGUUGAGGUCAUAUACGACAAAGUUAGUGGAAGAAGCAGAGGUUUUGGCUUUGUUACAAUGUCAUCUGUCGAAGAAGUUGAAAGAGCUGUUCAGAAGUUCAAUGGCUACGAGCUUGAGGGAAGACAAAUUAGGGUGAACUCCGGACCUCCACCAAAGAGGGAGGAAUCUUCCUUCGGAAGCCCAAGAGAAGGUGGCCGUUUUGGCGGCGGCGGCGGUGGUAGCAGAAGCUUCGACAACACCAACAGGGUGUACGUCGGAAACCUUGCUUGGAGUGUUGACAAUCUUGCCCUUGAAACUUUAUUCAGAGAGCAAGGAAAUGUUGUGGAAGCGAAGGUUCUUUCAAGAGUAUUCUCAGAGGACUAUGCAAAAACCAAAAACACAAUUCUUGAUCCUCGAGGCACAACUUUGAAUCAAUGGAACCAAGUCUUUCUAAUCGCAGCUCUUGUUUCACUUGCUGUAGAUCCUCUCUUCUUUUACUUGCCGAUAAUCAAAGAUGGAAUGUGUCUAGAUGAAGAUAUUACCCUCAAAAUAUCCCUCACUAUCAUACGUUCAAUCGUUGAUAUCUUUUAUGCAAUCAAGAUUUACAUUCGGUUUCGUACUGCUUACGUGGCACCUUCUUCUCGCUUACUUGGAAGAGGAGAGCUCAUUCUUGACUCUUCAAGUAUUUCUCAAAACUAUCUAAGAGGUGAAUUUUGGCUCGACCUCAUGGCUACACUUCCUGUACCACAGGUGAUGACUUGGUUCCACAUCAUUGAAAAAACCGAGAUGAUAAGUACAAAAACGAGCGUUUUAUACUUUAUCAUGUUUCAAUUUGUUCUAAGGCUUUGUCUUACAUUUAGACUAGGGUCUCAAAUAUCAAAGCAAGCUGGUCUUGUGGCUAAUGUAGCUUGGGUUGGGGCUGCUUACAACCUCGUUCUUUUCAUGUUGGCUGCUCAUGUUAUCGGAGCAAUGUGGUAUCUUUUAGCCAUUGAAAGACAAGGGUUAUGUUGGGUGGAGAUAUGCGAUAAAGAAACGGAAUGCAUGCAUAAUUAUUUCGACUGUCGUAAUGUCAAUCUUCCCCCUCGAGAAGCUUGGUUUCCCAACAGCAAUGUCUCUGUUAUUUGUACAAAUGCUGACAUCUUUCAGUAUGGAUUGGUUGAAGAUUCAGUACGUUACAGUAUCGCUUCUGCAAAUUUCUUUAAAAAAUACUCAUAUUGUCUAUGGUGGGGACUCCGAGGGUUAAGUUCAGCAGGACAAGAACUUCAAGCGAGUCCAUUUAUAGCAGAAACACACUUUUGCAUACUUAUCGGGAUCACCGGACUAGUGCUAUUCGCGUUGCUGAUCGGAAACAUGCAACAAUACCUGGAGUCAAGAACUAAACGAUUAGAGGAGUACAGGGUGAAACGAAUGGAUACUGAACAAUGGAUGCAUCACAGACACCUCCCUCAGGAAAUGAGGGAACGUGUACGCAGACAUGAUCUUUACAAAUGGAUUACAACUCGUGGGGUUGAUGAAGAAGAGAUUAUUCGAGCACUUCCUGUAGAUCUUCGGAGAGACGUCAAACGUUAUGUUUGCGCUGAGUUAGUUAGACGGGUUCCGUUAUUUGAUCAAAUGGAUGAACGAACAGUGGAUGCGAUAUGUGAGAGACUAAAACCUGUUAUAUGCACACCUGGGACCUGUUUAGUUCGAGAAGAGGAUCAGACGAACGAGAUGUUGUUUAUAAUGCGAGGUCGUUUAGAUUCCUACACCACCGGCGGCGGUAGGUCCGGUUUCUUGAACCAGUGCGAGAUUGGUCCGGGAGACUUCUGUGGAGAAGAACUGCUGACAUGGUCAUUGGACCCACGUCCGAGUGUUAUCAUCCCGUUAUCUACACGCACAGUCACCGCCAUUUCUGAGGUGGAAGCUUUCGCUCUCACUUCUAAAGAUUUGAAAUUUGUCGCUACACAGUUCCGAAAGCUUCAUAGCAAGAAACUGCGACAUACUCUUAGGGUUCAUUCGCAUCAGUGGAGGACUUGGGCGGCUUGUUUUAUACAAGCGGCAUGGAAGAGGUAUAAAACAAGAAAAGAGUCGGCAAUGCUCAAGGCUAAAGAGACUCCUCUCACUUCUAAAAGUAGAAAGCAAACUGGUUUAUCAUUAUUGGCAACAAGCAUAAGAAAGGGUCGGGCAUUUGAUGUUGAUGAUGUCAUUCGAAGCCCAGUGCCAAAGCCUAAGGAUCCUGAAUUUUUAGAUGAUAAGAACGAAUAA